AUGGCCAAUUUUGAACAGGUGAACGGAAAGAUAAAACUUAGAGUGACGACGCUGAACGUUGAACCGUUGUCCGGAAAGCGAUCCGGCUCCCACGGUUUGAACGACCUUCCGCUCCCAAAAGUUGCUCUGGCCUCUGAACUUCCGCCUCCACGCUGGGAUCACUCACCGGGAGAAGUCGUGUCUAUCGUGAAGGACGCAAUCGCUCAGAAGACGAAAGUCAAUGACCAGAUCGCCGCGUUGCCUGCAGAUGAAUGCUCGUUUGAGUCGAUCCCCCUUGCGGAGGCGGAAGGCGCACUUCAAGCUAUCACAGAGUCUAUGAGGCUCUACCAGGAAGUCGCUCCCGAGGAGUCGUUGCGUAAGGCUUCCGUUGAAGCUACCACACUAACGGACGACUUCAACGUCGAGGAUAAGAUGCGACUCGAUGUGUUCCGCGCUAAGGCUAAUGCUGAGAAGAAUAUUCGCGAAUCCGGAAAGUGGGAUUCGCUUACGACGGAGGAUAAGCGCGUCGUCGACAGGAUGGUACUCGAGGGCAAACGCGCUGGACUGGAUCUCCCGGACGAGGAGCGCGAGAAAUUGGCACAACUGCAGAAGGAGCUGUCGGCGGUGUGUUCGGAGUUCGGUCACGUCAGCAGAGACAUGCAAUCGGAUGACUUUGUUCCAUGGUAUCUGGAUCCUCUCUAGAUCAACAUCUGAGUAGAUGUAUCUCACCCUCUUGGAACAUUUGAGGAACAGCGUCAUAUCCGCUAGGGUGAGCUGUCUCUGAAAACGGAAUAUAAUACCAUUUGAACUCCACCGUUUCCACGUCUAGUGCUUGCGAGCUGAUUGCGGGGCCCUCGCUCAUAUACGACCAGAUCCUCCGGCAGACAACGCAUCAGAGGGA